AUGGCUCAGCAGCUCGACUUGCAGUGUCCUUACAUUUGCCUCGACUUGCGACUAGAUCUCGCAAUGGCUGACCGCAAAGCCGUCAUCAAGAAUGCGGACAUGGCUGAGGACAUGCAGCAGGAUGCCAUUGACUGCGCCACCCAGGCUCUGGAGAAGUACAACAUCGAGAAGGAUAUUGCAGCUUUCAUCAAGAAGGAGUUCGACAAGAAGUACAAUCCCACGUGGCACUGCGUGGUGGGGCGCAACUUCGGUUCUUACGUGACCCAUGAGACGAAGCACUUCAUCUACUUCUACCUCGGUCAAGUGGCCAUCCUUUGCUUCAAGUCGGGCUGA